AUGCCCAGUGGGAACCUAUCACGAAGAGUUGUCAACUGGAGAGAUUUAUCCAUAUACGUAGCCCCUCCGGUUAGCUGUAAGAGUUUGCAAGUUUUUGCUGAGAGGACUCGAGGUAACACAAUCACUGUGCGUUGGGAGAGGCCCAAGAUCACUGGGAGAGACGACUUCUAUUACAACAUAUUCUACUCUGAGGACAACCAGACCUUUACUCAACACAACAGCAGGCCGUACGUCAAACAAGACUCCCUGGUGGACUACUCAGUGUCUGGUCUGCGGCCACUCACCACCUACACAGUCCGAGUGAUCCCUGAGAAUGGAGUGAGUGAUCAGGAGAACGGAGGGCAGAACAGGAGCUGUGAUGUGGUAACCAUGACUGGGGAUACAAGGUCUAAUGCUCCCUCCCUGGUGAUCGGUUUCUGCACUGUUGUGGUUUGGAUCGAGCCCACAAGGUCGUAUGGGAGGAUCACUGGCUAUGACGUCAGGUUCAUUCCUCAAGGGUCUGGUUCAGAUUUGGUGGUGUCCAAAGGAAGAAAAGAACUUUUCCACGCCAUUGGAGAUGAUACCAGGCUCAUCAGUACUGAUAACGCCAUGGUGCAGGUGAGAGCAAAAACGUCAGUUGCAGAGGGGAGGUGGAGUGAGGUAGUGCCAUUGGGUUGCAAGAAUACUGAAGGUUCCACUGACCCUAUAUGAGUGAAUGAUGAUACGUAACGACAGCUAAUGUUUAGAACCAAACAUUGUGUAUAGACGAUGUAGCAACAGCUAAUGUUUAGAUA